GCUUCAUUUCCAACAUGGCGGCUUUCAGUGCAGUCUGGAAAGUUCUCCUGAAAAGCUGUCGUGACUCCUCCAUUGACUAGCUGUUAGUUGGUGUGUGUUCAGGUGAGUGUAACCGUUUUUAAAAAAAGAAGGGGUCGAUUUUAACUUUAAGACCCCGAGAGACGAUUGAAACAGCAGUUUUGGAGCAUGCUGGCCAAAGCACCUGAUCGUCAAAUGGAGCCGAUCGAGCACUUUUCAAGGUCACCGAAAGUCUUUAGUUUGUGUUUUGGUUUGGAAUAUCUCUCAAUUCUACGGCAGAAGUGCCCUUCGACUGAAGGUUGAUCUAAAAUUGCUCUUAAUUCUUGGUAAUUGAUCGGCUGAGUAAACAAAAUAAAUUAUGCAUUUGCCUUACUGUACGAAACGAUAUAAAGCGCUUUAAUUAAGGCUUAAUUUUGGCUUUUAUGAUUAUCUUUACAGAUAAACGUGAAAACCAUUUUAUUUUGUCCUUGCUCAUUUUAUUUUAUGAUUAUUAUUAUUUUUUUUCACUUUUUCUUGUUGGAGUUUUCCCUGAUUUUUCAUGUCACUGCUAUCUCUCAUAGACGAGGAACUGCACAAUAUCUCACUGCUGCAGCUUGGAAUCAAGAAUGGAAGAGGAUGACACACUUGCAAAACACUUAAGUCAAAAAGACCCAAUCAUAUCAUUGUACGCAGAGGAAGAACUCGAAGAUGUUAGCACAACUAGUUCCGUUACAAAAAGCAAUACUGUGAUAACUGGCCAAGUUUCAGAGGUGAGCUCUACAUCGGAGGACAAUUACCAGAUACCUAGUACAUCAAGCAAAAGCAUCUUUAUGGACUUAUAUGAAGAAGACAUUUUAAACACUGACUCAGAGAAUGUGAAUAAUACAGGAAAGGAUACUUCAGCUAGUGAUGCAGCAGGAACUAAGAAACGCAAACCAGGGUUGCUACUUCUUGGCGAGUAUGCUGACAGUGGGAAUGACACCGAAGAGGAAGCGUUAAAUGCACUUAAAGUUAGACAGGAUAAAUCUAAAGAGACGGUAGAAAAUGCAAGUAGUAAAGAUGCUGGUAGUGAGGAUGUUGUCAGUGAGAAAGUAAUUAAUGAGAAUAAACCUCUGGAGACAUCACCUGAAUCUGACAUGACCAAAGUUUUAGAGGAUCUGCCUCUUACAGUUGGUAAAGAUUCUUCACUUGUUGAAGAGAAAGUAGAAGAUAAAAACAACAGUGAUUCUCAUGCUAUACAAGAUGUCAGACAAGCUAAAUUGGAAAGAAGUGUCAGCAAGGAAGAAGGACAAAUUUCUGCUGAGUCUGAUUCCAGUGAUAGUGAACAGUCAUCUGAGGACAGAAAGGAUUCCAUAAAACAAAAAGACUCAAAAAAGGAUAAAAGCAAAAAGAAGGAUAAAAAGAAGAAAAAGAAAAAACGAAAGAAACAAAAACAUUCAGUGGACAAAAAAGAUUCAGAUGUCACAGGUAAAGUAAAACACAGGCAUUGGUGUUAUAUGUUGUUGUUCAAUGUUACCUGUAUUUCCCUGUUAUUGUACCACUUACAUUUACUGGUCUUCGUUUUUUCCUUUGUUUUUUUUUUCUCUCAUGCAUGUACAUAAUCAUACACAAAGCAAAGGAAACUCAAGGCUGUGCUCUAAGAAAAAUUGAAAGGAGCCCAGUUUUCUGGACCUGUGAAAUCAAGGGUGCCCAUAGUAUGAUUUCUAUGUAAAAACCUAGUUUUUCUAGUCGCCCAGGUGCAGAAAGAAGGUACUAGGGGGCCACUUGGUGGUGCUAGAGUGCUAUCUUGAAACUUAAAAUUGAAGAGCAACUGUACACUGUAAUAGCAUACUACAAUGGAAAUUGCUUUAAGAUUAUCACAGGGUGUUCUCCUUAUCAGACAGUAACCAGUAAAAUUUACCACCUGAAGCCACACUUCUUACUGCUGGCAACGACCUGAAGGUUUACUAAAGUUAAAGAAGUACUUUUAAAAAAAUACACAAGUUGUGAUCCGAUCCGAUUCUCACAUGCCACGAGGAAAUGAAUGAAUAUAAGUAUGGAAAAGUACUAACAAACACACAGCUUUUCGGCUUUUUAUGGGCCACACAUUUUGGAAAGAAUGCUUACCAACAAACAGUAACUUCUCUUUCAUACCAGAUGUAUGUCUGAGAAUAAUCACCAUAUUUAUUCGAAUAAGCACCCAACCUUGAAUUAGCGCCCACCUUGAAUAAGUGCCCACCCCACCCCCUCCCCCCCUCCCACUAUAAUCCAAAUGAGUGCCCAACUGACCCCCUUCUCCCUAAUAAGAGACUUGCCCAAAGAUGGAGUUAUCUUCAUAGUAUUUUACAGGAACCUUUCUUUUUUACAUUUUAUUGUUUUGUUGCAAAAUAACUUACUACAGUUGCUGAAAAUUGUGAAAAUUAAAUAAGCAGCGGCUUCUAAUAAGUGCCCACCUCAAAUAAGCACCCACCCCCAAGGUCCAAAAAUUUAAUAAGUGCCCAGGGUGCUUAAUUGAAUAAAUACGGUAUUACACUUAAUUUAAAUCAUGAUUUUAUGCAUGUUCUGUUUCUCUCCUAUAGUAAAUUUAUCUAUGAUAUUGUUUUAAGUGAAUUGUUUACACGCACAUUUUAAGAGCUGCAGUCUGACUACAAAUGUAUACAGUUUUUUUAUUGUAAUAUCCUUAUUUUGUGAAAUAGGUGAUGAGAAGAAAGAGAGAAAAUCAGUCAGAGGUAGAAGUAGAGAAAGCUCAGAGAAACACAAGUUUUCUAAGCAUUCCAGGAGUAGAAGCCCGGAUAGGAGCAGGGACAGAAGUUCAAGGCGUCGUGUCCAUAGUAGAAGCAGAUCACAAGAUAAAUGGAAACAGUCAAGACAUGUUAGAGAGAAAUCAAGGAGAUCAAGAAGUCGAUCAUCUAGCAGGAGACGUUCUGCACCAAAUAGAAAUAAGGACUUUAAAUCCAGGAGUAGAUCUCCAAAGAGAAGUGUUUCACCACGCAACAGGAGAAGAGAAAGAGAAGACAAGUGGUCAUCAACUUCUAGAAGUAGGAGAGAUUCUCCAUCAAAAAGGAAAAGGAAAGUGUCAAGAAGCCGGUCACCUCGUAAACGAAGGGAGAGGUCUCCUGAACACAGAAGGAGUAGGUCACCCAAGAAGCGGUCAUAUUCGCCAGACAAAAGAAGGAGAACUUCUCGUGAAACAUCACCCAGAGAAAGUUCACUAUCAAGAAAAGAAAAAUCUCCCAGAAAAAGGGAAAGAAAGCAAAGUCAAUCCACACCUGUUAAGGCAUCAAAUCGCACAUCGUCAGCCUCAGAUAGUUUGGACUCAGGUCACUUCACCAACAUACCUCUGUCAAAGACAAAUAAACCAGAGGAAUCUGAACCUGACAGUAACGAGCCAGUUAAAAAGCCAUCGCCAAUUUCUGAAAAGAAAGAUGAGCCUAGUGUUCCGCCCAAAGCCAUGGCAGAUGUAGAAAAGCAGUUUUCACCUAUGUAUAGUCCAGAAAAACCUUGGGAGGAUGAAUUUGACUUUGUGUUUACAGAACACCUGUCACCCAAGCAAGGAACUGAGAAGAGCAUGGAGGACGUUCUGUUUGGAUCAGAGGCAAAAACUCCUGAUUUCAAAAGACCAAUAACUGUGGAAAGGUAAGGCACAGAGGUAGUUUGACCCUGUAAGUCUCAUGUAUGACGAUCAUCAAUUUUCUCACAACAGUACCAACGUGAAAUCAAGGUGAAAGGUUGCGAGAAUUUAUAAAGUGAUCAGCUAAGGAAAAAUAUUAAAUACGUGGAUCUUUCACCAAAUUCUGCCAACUACAUGUAAUUCUUUAAGGAAAUAUAUGGGGAUCAGUCUAGAGAAUAGAGACCUUUAGCAUCAGGUUUUCAUGGGAAACUGCAAACUGCAAACUGCAGUUUGCCAUUAUGUGUUUGCAAUUUCACGUUGCCCAGAUUUCAAAUUUUAGCAAGGCAUUCAGUUCAGUUCAGUUCAGUUCAUUUUUAUUUAGCCAAAAUAUAAUACAAUACAAGAAUCCAUAUAGGAAUUGUAAGGUUGCAAGGGAGCCCAGAAGAAACCAGAAGGCGUAUGAAGCCUGGGCUCCCUAGUCACAAAGAAAUGAGUAAAAUAAAAUGAAAUUCGCGGAGUGAUAUGUUAAAAAUACGAACUAAACAGGGACUGAGUUAGUUAUGAAUUCAGUAACAAGAUAGAAAAAAAUAUUUAACUCUGGAUUGGAACAGAAUACUUCUUUUGUUAGUACAGCAGAAAGGAAUAUAAAAUCAAUUUGAACUACACGUUCAUUGUUUAGUGCCUCCGUGUUGUUUUUCAUCAAGUCGAAGUGCGUCACUUCAAUUUCCCAAAAAACAGGAAUAAUUCACUGAUUCAAGAUCAAAAAUCCAACAAAUACAUUGCAAACGGAUAUAAAAAGAUAGUUCGUGCCUUUAAACGCGAGGCUGUACAAUUUUUAGUGGCAAAAACCUUGACUUAAAUCACUUAUGGCUUGAAGCCCUCCCUGCAGUUCAAACGUGAACUGCAAACUGCAAACAACAACAACAACAAGAAGUUUAUUUCAAAUUAAAUAUGCAGGGCUUCUGGUAUUUCGUGCAGUCGCCGAGCCGCAAAAUUCAGGUAAAUCCGCGAAAUCCCACAGAAUUCACAAAAACACACAAAAUACCGCGAAAUUCAGUAGAAAUCUUAUCAAAUACAUGUCUGUACAACAUUAUUUGAAACUUAUCUCAGCUACUGGGGCUGUUCACUUGCCGUAAACUUACAAAUUUAUCUUGAAACUUCGUCACUGAAAUGUGCAAACAACGUCCCGAAACUACCAGGGGUAAAUUAUGUUGCGAAAAACUGGGCACUAGCCAUGAUGUUAAAGGCUUUGCUAUUGGUUCAUUUCUGGAGCGUAUUGUUGUUGAAAGAGCAAAUGAUGACCUCUGUUAGAAAACCGUUUAAAACACUGGUGUCAUCAGCUCCGAUCAAUUUCCAGUUAAACUCAUCGACAAUGGCAACGAUUCGCUAAGCAACAGAUUCGCAAAGAUCAGCUCAAAAAUGCCAGCGUGAGAUGCAACGUAAGUCACAAGAUAAGCAAAAGGCCCCCUGCGAACACCCCUCAGAUCACGUACGUUUGAGGAGGAGUCCGCUGACCGCAUUGGCUUGCAAUUUAACUUUGCCUAAAAUUACAUUUAGCCACAUUAAAAUUUGCCUUGAAAAUGGCCACAAAAUCGGUUGUUUUUUACCGAUUGCUUUUCAGCAAAGUUUGCCUCAAAAAUUUCCCGGAAAUCGGCCGAUUUUUCCGUGAAUUUAUCCCUAAAAAUCCUGCGAAAUAUCAGAAGCCCUGAAUAUAGCUUACAAAGCUUGUGCCCGCAACAUUUGACAUUUUGCGGUUUGUGGUUUGCUUUUUCCCAUGAAAAACCUGAUGCAAAAGGUCUUUAAUAUGUUGAAGGGUUAAGAGGAAUGAUCCAGUUGGAGACCCCAUGCUGUUUCUUUAAUUAGAGAACUGUUUUUUUUUUCUUCAAGUGUGUGAAGCAAGGUUCAACACUUGCACAUGAGAUACAGUACAUAAUGACAAUCUCUCAUAUUUUGACAAGCAAAUACAGCACAACUUGGAGCAAAAAUCUGGAAAAUUAUCAGAAGUCACCAAAAAUAAAAACAAACAAGCCAACAUAAUGAGGCUACCAAAUUACACUCAUUAAAAAGUGAGGUCCAAACAACCCAAAGUUAACUGAAAGGCGCACAAAAUUUGUUCACUACUUGAACAAGAUGCUAGAUGCAAAUAAGUAUCUUGCACAAGAAUAAUAUCUUAGGUAGCUCCUUAGUAGAGGUGCAAACUAGUAAACCAGUGAUCUUGUUACCUCUGCGUCCUGUGUCCCUGAUGCAUAAAUUAAAAAUCCCCAAAGACGCAAAAUGAUUCAUAGCAUGUGUCCCGUAGGAUGCAAAGAUCGGUCGAUUGAUCUGAGUGUCAGUAUUUGUAAAAACAUCCUGUUCAUGUAAUUUCUGUGGCAGUUAUUAUGGCUGUUGUUUAACAAUGCAUAUUUCUUUUAGCCUUUGUUCUGCUCUAAAAUAACCACUAUAUUUUAAUUUCAGUAUACUGUAAUACAGAGUUUUGGAGUAUGUCUUCAGAUUACCUACAUAUGUCUGGUUACAUAAAGGCCAAAGCAUUUUCAAUAUCGAACUCAUUUCUUUUUUUUUAACUGGGACUCAUGAUUUUUUACAAGAUGAGUCCCAGGACUCACCAUAACAAUUUGUAACAAAAGCACUGGUAAACUGAAGCUAUUAUUUUCCCCUCCACCCUCUAAGCCCAAGUAUGCAUAUACAAAUUCUCCAGACUUACCUACAGUACAUGCAUUUCCUUAAAGAAUAAUUGAGAGAAUAUGACAAAAAAAAUCAAGGCAUUUUCCCUUGGGUGAUCGUUUUAUUUAUUCUCAUAACCCUUUCUCUUGAUUGCAUAUUGAUCGUGUUAAAUAGAAAAUUCAUGUUGGUCUUUCUUGGUACUUAAAGGGUAUAAAUGGCAACUGAUUUUUUACCUGUGAAAAGUUAGAACUACAUCAUGUCUCCAUAACAGACCUUGUUUUUGAAAGGUUUUUAUUUACGGUAAGUCAAAAAAAGAGAAACUGAAAGAAAGACGAAAAUAGUAAAUCACUCAUGGUCAAUCAUGUUUGAUAGAGAAUGGUAACCAAUAUUAGUUUUGGAAUGUUAAUGAUUUUGUUUUUGUAAUACAUGUAAGUAAAAAAAGAGAGAUAGAGAAAGGGAGAAAAAUAAAUCACUCACAAUCAGUAUUAAAUUUGAAAGGGAAUGGUAACUGGUAACUAUUAUAGCAGCUUACAUGCAUAUUGAACAUUUUUUGGACUGUCAAUGAUUUUUUAUUAUUAUUUUUCUUUACAAUUCUAUGUAGCAAGAAAAAUAAAGGAGAGCCUGUUGCAAAGAAAGAGGAAAAGAAAGAAGAAAAAGUAAAAACUGGUAGAGAGAAAAAUAAUGUUCCGCAAAAAGAAGAAAACCAAGAUGGUUCUUCCAGAAUACAGCAAGCUAGUUCUGAUACUGCAGAGUCCACCAUCAAAGCUAAUGGCCAAAAUAUUUCUGCUUCCAAGACAGCAGAAGUAGCAAAAACUGUCUUUGAAGAUAAACCAGACCAACUUGAAAAGAGAAACAGUGACAAUGAGUCAUUACAAGCUUCAAUUAAUACUAACAAAUCAGCUUUUAGGCAAUCUAAGUUGGAAGUUAUACCUUUUUUAGAUGAAGCACCAUCUACCCAACCUCCUGUAGGUAGUAGCACAGUUCACCCAGCCAAGUCCCAGGUGGACAUUAAAGGUUCUUCCCCUUUAGCUGGUACAGGCAAAAAACAAAAUGAACUUCAAAAAGCAAAAGAUAUUAUACAGUCAUCUAUCACAAGGAUAAAUAAAGCACCAAACAAUGUUAACGUGAGUCCCAUGGACAUGGAAAUGUCAUCACCUGAAGGAGACAUUAUUGACCGUAUGAAUGAAGAGUUUUGGAGGCAACAACAGCAGCAGCCAGUUGGAAUGAAUCAAGCAGAAGUCGAGGGAAGGCAAUCAAGAGACGAUUUUACAGUAGAGUCUGAAGGAAAUGAACAGUGCUCGUUUGAGGAGCCAUACGAGCCUGAAAGUGGGUUGAUUAUUGGUGAAGAAUAUGAAGAUUUAAAUAACAUAGCUGAUCCCAAAGAAAGAAGGAAGAAAGAGAAACAACAUCAGAAGGAAAAGACAAAAGUUCAGGUAAAUGUAAGGUUGGAAAGUAAAGCUUCAAUAGUUGUAAACUUGCCAAGAUGCUGACACUUAAGUUUAUAAAUCACUGACCCAGUGUUCUCACCAGGAUUCUCCACCCUGGGGUCCACAGGACCCAUAGAGAAGCUAAAAUGGGGUCAUGAGGUAGAAAAGUGGGUCACAAUUUUUAGAUACAGUUAACUCAAUGUUUAACUCAAAGGUCUGAGUUAGAGUAAAUGGAUGAUAAAUAUCCAAUUUUUCCAUACAGUUAACUCAACAUUCUACAGCUCUGAGUUAGAGUUACACAGAAUAACCAAUUAAAUUUUGGCUUAUAUUAUAAGGAAACGAACAAAUGUUUUUGGACGUUUUCAGGGUUCUAUCUAGGAUUUAUUGCUUGCAGGAGAAGUCCCUGAGUAGCCAAAAGGCCAUGAGCUUCCUAGGGGGGUUGGAGGGUAUGCCCUCUCAAAUACCCCAGAUAGAACCCUGGUUUUGGAAUAGGUUUUUUUUCCUUCUUUGCACCCUUGGGACCCCUUGCGCUUGCUGCAUUCUGGUAAGAACACUGAUGACCUUGCCUUAAACAAUUGUCAUAGCCAUGAAAUGAAAAACUUAACACCAAAUUGCAGGAUUUUCAGUAAGUUUUGAAGUAGGUGGCUGAUUCACCGUUUUAACUUUAAUAUCCCAGCUGAUUAGCUAACCAAAAAUUCAAAGCAGGUUAUGUGUUUGCCAGCUAUUUUUGACAACCCCAGAAGUAAGACUUUGCAACUCAUCGGAACUGCUUCUUAGAUUUCAAGACUGGAUAAAAGAUUUCCAAGAUUCACAAUUUUCCUAAAUUGCUGGUCUAGCAAUAAUUGCAAUGAAGCCCUAAUUGACUUAGGUAAAUUGCUUCCAAAUAAUAUUGUCUUGUACUUAUGUGCACUUGUGAAUCAAAUGGAGAAUUUAGCAUCAGAUCAGGAGUCACUAGUGUCUUAGAACCUUCUAAGCACACUUCUGUUAUUAAGCUUUAAAUUAUCCCAUUACAUCCAUAUAAUUAACGUCAUGAUCCGUUGAUUUAUAGUUGGUUUUCGUAUUUGAAAAUUGCCCAUUUGAGACAUGUUUACAAUUUUAUAAUGAUAGUUCUGUGCAUUUGACAUUUCUUUGGCCUGUCAGUCAAGGAAUGUUAUCUUGUGUUUUGCUUUUAAUUAUAGGAACUGAUAGAUAAGCUUCACCGACAAGCUCGUGUAGAAGAAGAAGUCAAGCAUGUUCUCAAAGCAUAUUACAAGCACAGAGAUAUUAACAAGGAAGAGUACAAGAGUAUACUGAGAAGAGCUGUUCCACAGGUUUGUUACUGAAUUUCUUGGUUAAGUUUUAUUUAGUCAUGCAAGGAUGAUCUUUUAAUCUUAGGAUCAACUCCCAGUAACUAAAUGCAGGUCAAAAGCUAUCAUGUUCUCACAGAUCAAUACUUGUGCACACUGUAUUGCUGGUUUUCACUGUUGAAGCAUAAAAAAACUUAAUCCAAUCAACAGUAAAAUAGAAUCUGGUAAACACAUCAAAGAUAAACAUGCAAACAGUCAUUCCAAGUUUCGGGUCUGUACGCUUUUCCACAACUGCAUGCAAGAUCCCCAGAGAAAUAUUUACCUAAACUUAUAGAGCUUUUGUUUAGAGCUGCCACAUUGGUGUCCCCUCUUGUGUAAAUAUUGCACUGUCACAAUCAUGCACUUUCCAUGAUGUUUUCUACAUUUACUUUGCCAAGGGACAAAAUAUGAUAUUUAAUACUGUACUUAGGUACAUUAUAUGGUAAUAGAUUAUAUGUCUGGCUAAGUCACCAUUUUGGUCAAACAAAACAAAAAAUAUGUGGUUGAACUCAGUUACUGAAGCAUGUUUCUGUCACCCAUCCUUACAUGUACAUCAGGGAACCUGGAUCAUGGAAGUGUAGAAAUGAAAUCCUUAACACCUCAGAGAUGAUACAGAAACAACUCUCAAAUAAAGGAAAACCAGAUUCAUUUGUUAAAGGGAACCUCCACUCUUACUACAGAAUAAGUUUAAAUCGAAUAAAAUUAUGUUGAUAAACAAGUUUGUUUGAAAUUUGUCCUUAAAAAAGUGUUUAUAUCAGGAAAAGUGAAUUUUAAAAUCGCUUAUUUUCACUUUCAAAUUUCGCAGGCGCCGCCAUCUUGAAUAAUUGUGACGUGUUAUGGUUGCUCUAUUGUUCUGACACAAAGAGCUUUUGUUUAAUAACAAUAGGGCAACCGUAACACGUCACAAUUAUUCAAGAUGGCGACGCCUGCAAAAUUUGAAAACAAAAAUAGGCGAAUCUAAAAGUUAUUUCUUUCGGAUACAGACGCUUUUUUAAAAAAUAUUUUAGAUUGACUUGACUGUAACAGUUAUUUCCUGUGAUUUAAAGUUAUCUUUUUGUUGAAGUGGAGGUUCCCUUUAAAUGGCAAAAAUUAAUACUUGUACUAUGCAUGACUUGAUCAUGAGUUUGUGUCUUCUUUUUUUUCUUAGGUGACAAACUCAAGCAGUGCCAUAGACCCUGAGAGAAUCCGAUCUCUCGUAAAGAAAUAUGUAGCCAAGAUCAAGGGACAACGAGUUGAUUCUUAGUAUAGUUACUGCACCUUUUGUACAAUUUUGCUUCGUAAGCAACAUGGUCAGGUACCAAAACUUCUCAGUCCUAUUAAAAUUUCAUUUCCAUUCGUAAAAGAGCCAUACUUAGAUCUAAGAGAUCUUUCAUCCGAAAUCGCCUUUUUCUGAGAAGAUUAUACACAUAAGUACUGUAUUUGCAGCAUUAGCUAAAAUGAAAAGGAAAAAUAAUACAGAGUGCAUUCUUCAAUCUGCAGAAAUGCAAAUUUAUAUAAGUGAAUGAUCUGUUUAAUUGAGACAAAAAUUCAAAGCUCCUGUUGCUGAAAGACCACAGGAUCCCAGGACAGUGUUUAAAGUGAAGAACUGCAUUCCUGGUUGAAUUUUAUUAUUUAUGAUAAACUAGACUUGAACAUGUAGAGCUCUGUUCUUAGCCAUAGAUCUCACUCUGAUGUAAACCUGUAGUACAGUCUACUCUCUCUUUAAUAACGGACACCUCUAUAAGACGGACACCUCUGUAAAAUGGACACCUAGAGUUGGUCCCCACCUUUCUUUACUACCUUUAUUUGACUCUCUAUAAGACGGACAUCUCUCUAAGACGGACACAUACUGCAGGUCCCCAAAUUGUCCGUCUCAGAAAGAGUUGACUGUACAUGUAAAAUCAGCUAUCAGAACUUCCAUUUCAUCAGUGUUGUACCACAUCAAAUGCAGUUUUAGCUUUAGUAGCCAAGCGUAAGUUUUUGAAGGUGGAAAGUUAAGGUGUUGAUUGGUGGUAUUUGUUUUCAAGGUGUUUACAGAUUGGGUUAAACAUGCUUUCAUUGCCUAUCACCUUGGUAGAACAGUGUUUUGGAAAGUAACCUGGGCGAAGGUGAUGCAGUUAUAAAAGUAAUGUUCUGGCGUCUCCUUUCAAGGGUCUGUCAUAACACAUAGAGGUUAUAUUGCUGCAGUUGUAUUACUUUUAUACUUGACACCACAAUAGACUUUAAAUUUCCAGAAGAUAGUUUGUACGGCCAGUUUGUACGGUCCACCCUUUCUUUUGAGGAAAACUAUGUCAUUUGAAUGAUAAAGUGUUAAAGAAAUUUUAUUACUUAUUGGAUCAAGUCAUCAAAGAGUACUGGAAUGUGAUAGUUUUUACUUAAAACACAGUAAAAUAAGCUGUUACGUGAAGUUAUGUUUGCACAACCCUACCUAAGCUACAUAAAAAGGCAGCAGAAAAUGGGGUAGAAUGUGCUCUGUUGUAAUCCCUGGCAUUUCAAAGAGGAAAAUUGAUAUGUAGUUUGGCUGCUGAAUAGAUUAUAUACAGUAUUUUCCUGUGUUAUCAAGUUAUUUGUGUUUACUUGGAGUCAAGUGCUGAAUUAUCUUCAACAAUGUAAGUAAAGAAGAAAAAUGUAAUAGAACUUUGUCAUACUAAAUGCCAUAAAUCAUGUUAAAAGUAGAAAAGAAAGUUAACCUUUUUUAGAGUAUCUUCCAUUUCCUCAUGACCAAGGUUUCACUUUACACUAUUACCCAGGUACACUUUGACAAAUUGGUCAAACAAUAUUCAAUCAAAAAAUAUUUUUGAAGUAAGGCGUACCUGGAAAUUAUAGUCUUUUUAGUCUAAGUGAGUGGUUCAAUUUUACUGGGCAAAUGUUUGUAGCAUAACUACAGAUUAAUUCGUUUUGGUAGUUCUUUGAAUUACCUAUACAGGUCUUUAAUACAAUAAUUGUAUUCAGGUGUAAUUAUUAAACCUCUCAUCUUGGAACCUUCAUACUAAAGAAAAACAUGAAACCACUGUCUAUGCACACUGCUUGAUGUGAACCAAUUAAUGCUUUGUAAAUACACAACACCAUACUUUAAUAGUAAUAGACAACCC